CGUGCGUGUACAGUGCAUGAGGAGUUGCUUCUCCCUCUUAAAUCCCAACGAAGCGGCGAGGGGACAAGGCGGGAGGGGUUUCCGAUGGCGAGGAAGCGGAAGCCCGCCCGGGCGGCGGCGCGGGAUCCUGACGGCAUGUUCCGCGGCGUCUCCGCCUUCGUCGUCUCCCACGCCGUGCAGCCUCGCCGCCUCGAGGUGUGGAAGCAGAGGCUGGUGCAGAUGGGGGCCCGCAUCGUGGAGAAGCUCGCGAAAGGCGCGCCGGCGGUCAACCACGUGCUGGCCAUGGACGCCAAGGCGCUGCUCCGGGAGCUCGACGCCGCCUGGCUCCACCGCUUCCGCGGGAGUGUGGUGUCCUUUGAGUGGCUGGAGGAGUGCUUCAAGGCCGGAGAGAGGCUGCCCGAGUACAAGUUUGCGAUCAACUAUGAAGAGGAAUUUAAGCCGAAGAAGGCGGCUAUCACCGGAGAUUCAUGUGCGUCACAGCCUGCAAAAAACAGCAAGAUGUCUUCUAAGGAUCCUGGGGAUCACAAGGGAACUAGAACAGAGGAGGAGCAAGUUACUGGAGGGCAUCCAGAUGCAAGAUCAAAUCUAACAAGUGCACAUGUGAAUGAAGGUUCAUGUAUUGAAAUGAGGCCUAACCAAUAUGCAUGUAGACAAAGUAGCUCCGGAGAUACCAAGGAUUGCAUCGCUGCCGAAGGUACCUACGGCAAAAAGUUGGGGGGGGGGGGGAUGAGUAUAUAUUACAUUGCUAAUUUGAAUAGGAACAUGACCAAGAUCUUCGGAAGGCUUAUUGAUAUAUAUAAGACCCUGGGAGAUGACAGGAGAUCAUUUAUCUAUUACAAGGCCAUACUGGUGAUUGAGAAAUUGCCAUUCAAAAUAGAAAGUGCAGACCAAGUCAAAGGCUUCCCUGCUAUGGGAAAAUCUUUGAAAGACCAUGGAACUGAUAGUGGGGUUGACACAUAUUUUGGUCUUUGCACAUAUCCUGGGCGUGACCUGCGGCACCGUAUUGACUUAAAAGGCGGGCAGAUCGGCUGCGAUGGUUAA